AAAAUUUUCACUCUUUCAAUGAACUUGAACUGAAAAAAGUUUCGACGUCAACAUUAAAAGUUCUUUAUGUACGAUUUUUUGUCUAUGCUUUAAAACCAUGGCGGACUCGAUGUGUGAUGGCGAUUAUUUAAAAGAAAAUACACAAAAAUUUAACAAUGAAAGACGAAGUAGUAAGCAAUGGGUUAAACUAAACGUAGGAGGAACUUACUUUUUAACCACAAAGACAACGUUGUCGAGAGAUCCUAAUUCGUUUCUUUAUCGAUUGGUACAAGAGGAUAGUGACUUAAUUUCAGACAGGGAUGAAACCGGUGCAUAUUUAAUAGAUAGAGAUCCGACAUAUUUUUCGCCUGUAUUAAACUAUCUUCGACACGGCAAACUCGUUAUCAAUAACGACAUUGCCGAAGAAGGAGUUUUGGAAGAAGCUGAGUUUUAUAACAUAACUGAACUCAUAAGACUAGUUAAGGAAAGAAUAUGUCUACGGGAACGACGGCCACUAAAAGAUUCCAAAAAACAUGUUUACAGAGUGUUACAAUUCCAUGAAGAAGAGUUGACGCAAAUGAUGUCUACUUUGUCUGACGGGUGGAAGUUCGAGCAGUUGAUAAAUAUUGGCUCUCAAUACAAUUAUGGCAAUGAUGAGCAUUCUGAAUUUCUUUGCGUUGUGAGUAGAGAAUGUGGAAAUUCUUUAAACAGCAAUGACAUAGAGCCAACGGAUAGAGCCAAGGUGCUCCAACACAAAGGCUCAAGGAUGUGAACUUUACAUGAAUUCAUAUUUGAGACUUAGUUCUGUGUGUGAGUUGUGUACAUAG